AUGUAUUUGACAGCUCAAAACAAACUAGAUGGAAAUGCAGUUGGAAUCUCUGAUGAAGUAAUUACUUUGGAAAUUUUAUCUCCUGAUGUGUGUGACCUGACUCUGAUCGAUCUACCCGGUAUAACCCGUGUACCUGUGCAUGGUCAACCUGAAGAUAUUGGAGAUCAGGUCAAAAACAUAAUACUAAGAUAUAUUACCAAAAGUCAAACCAUCAUUUUAGUUGUUGUGCCCUGCAAUGCUGACAUAGCAACAACAGAAGCACUAAGAAUGGCGCAAGAUGUAGACCCCGAGGGUUACAGAACUCUUGCAGUUCUCACAAAACCAGACCUCAUUGACAGAGGAGCUGAGAUUGAUGUUUUAGACAUUGUUCAGGGCAAAGUCAAUCCCCUCAGCAAAGGAUACAUUAUUGUGAGAUGUCGUGGUCAGAGUGACAUCAAUAACAAAAUUCCUCUUUCUAAAGCCAUGGAGAUGGAAAUGCAUUUCUUCAGAAACCACAGUUAUUUCAGCUCCCUACUGAAAGAUGGAAAAGCAUCUAUUCAAUGCCUGGCAUACAACCUGACCAAAGAAUUGAUUGAUCCUAUCAAGAAAUCGUUACCCUACUUGAUUGAGCAGAUUCAGACUAAACUACUCAUUGCGCAAAGGGAGAUUAAAAACUACAACCAGGGUCCACCUCUGGAAGAAGAAAAGAUGGAACAUUUUCUCAGUGAGAUAAUAAUUAAGUUCAGUGAUCAAAUAAAUGAACUGUGUAUAACAGGACAUUCAAAAGACAGAAACAUUUUUGCACUUCUGCGUCCUGAGUUCAAGAAAUGGGACACGUACUUAAGAGGCACUGAAGUAUUAUUCACAGUGAGAGUAUAUGGAAUGAUAGACAAGUAUAAUGAGAAGCAUCGUGGCAGAGAAUUGCUAACAUUUAACGACUUCUGUAAAUUUGAAAGUAUCAUCAAAGACCAUGUGGCAGCCCUUCAAGAGCCAGCUAUAGCAACACUGAAGCAUGUACGAGAGAUUGUUCAGAAUGUGUUCAGAGACAUAUGCUACUCAUCAUUCAAUCAGUACCCUCCACUCAGACACAUUGUCUCUAAAAUGAUUAAUGACAUUCAGUCGAGUCAAGAGGCCAAAGUGGAGGAAAGAAUCAAAGAGUUUAUUGAUAUCGAGCAACUGGUCUUCACUCAGGACAAGAUUUUACAAGAAAAACUUAAUGUCUCUGACAUCCCUCAGAAGACUGGGAUGGACUCUUGUGGUGAAAACCUCUAUGGUGAUGAUGACACAAUUUUUAAUUCCAAAGGCUGUGCAUUGUUGGAUACAAGAUAUCUUGUACCAGACAAAUUGAUUCUCUAUCAUGAGAUCAUCUAUCAACGCUUCACAGACUAUGUGCCCAUGCUGAUAAUCCUCUUUAUGCUGAAGGAUGCAGCUAAGAUAUUACAGCAUCAAAUGCUAGAACUGAGGAAUGGAGCAGAUGUGGUGAAACUGCUAAAAGAAGACUCAGAACAAGGGCGAAGAAGAGCUGAUCUAAAACAGCGUCUGGAACUCCUUACACAAGCUCAAAAACUAAUUGCACAUGUCAGUCCUGAGCAGUCCACUCCUGUUACAACCAUGGAGACGACUCCUAAGCACUCCGUUGUCGCUGUCAGACCUAUGGAAGCCAUUCUCAAGCCACCAGUUCCCAUGAGCACAGAGUCUACUCCAGCCCAGGAGCCCAGUCCCAAGUCUGUUCCAGAGUCUCUCCAAACUUCCGCUCCAGAGUCCACUCCUGAGUCUAUUCCUGCAGCCCCGGAGGGCAUUUCAGCUGCCCCCGAGGACAUUCCAGAUUCAGCCCCGAGACAGUUCCUAAAGCCCUGGAGGGCAAUUCAGACUCAGCCCCUGAGCCAGUUCCUGUAG